AUGGCUAAUGAAAGCAUCGAAAGUGACCAAUUUACGGCUACUCGAGUAAGUUACGCUAUCGAGAGCGCCAUCUAUGCUCUUGCUAUGCUAUUAGGCCUUAUUGUGUGCUGUUAUACGUCACGCAGGUUUAAUUCCAACUACAGAAGACAUAUUGUUUUGGCAGCAAGAUUGGUAAGAUUUAAAAUAAGCUUAACAGUAGCAGAUCUCAUUGUACUUUAUGUCUACGCUCCAACACAAAUCAUUUGGAUUAUUACUUAUAACUGGUAUGGCGGUGAUUUUUUAUGUCGUAUGACGAAAUUCAUUAAUACAUUUUCACUGCAUCUAACAGCCAAUAUGCAAGUGCUUAUUGCUGCUGAUCGUUUAUAUAUCACAACACAUUUACGUCAAAUUCAUCAAAAAUCACAUUUUGCAACAAAUCAAAUGAUAGCGUUAGCAUGGAUACUUGCGAUCGCUUGCGCUCUACCUCAGCUCUUCGUUUUUCAUGUAUAUAUCUUACCGGAUGGUAAACCACAGUGUGUCUCUGUUUGGACAGUGAUGAGGUUUCGUGAAUAUGUUCAGCAAGAGGUGGCACAAGCGCAUCGUCUGAAAUAUACAGCAAUGGGUUUGACCACUAUCAGUGAUGAUAAUAUAACUUUGGCAGAAAAUUUUGAUGAUAUGAUCAAUCCAUUAGUGGAUAGUAGUAUGCUGAAAGUUCUCGAACAUGCCUACAACGCACUCCACUUGUUUUCCAUUUAUAUAUUACCGUAUUCAGUCGAGUUAUUAUGUUACGCUUUAAUGUUAAUUCUGAUGAAGCAAUUUCACAGAGAAGAUAACGACACUAAAACCCGGCAAGAACGGCAUUUUUGGUUUCAGCGAACAAAAAAUAUGCCGAGGAACUCUAUUUGUAAAUUCUCCAUUGAUAAUAACCCCAACACAAGAAAUUUUUUGCCACAUUGGGAUACAAAUGCUGAAACCACUGAUUGUAAUGCUAUUAAUAUAAACGGUGAAUCUAACAGGAAACGGAUUUAUCGGCUGUCUAUGCCAACAUUGAAGCUUUUUAAUCGACAGCGUAAUGAGUCUUUAGCAAUAGAAGAAACAAAACAGCGAAGAUCUUCAGUUGCAUGGAAAAAUACGGUUGCAUUGGCACGGAGGAAAACUAGACGAAAAGCUUUCCUGAUGCUCACAUUAAAUAUGAUAUUUUGGACGCCGUAUUGUGUUAUGGGUAUUUUAAGCACCAUUAUGGAAUUCGACCAUUCCGGCUACGAUUUCUUGAAUGCUCUUGUUGUCCUUAAUGCCGUUUCUAACUUACUACUCUAG